UAUAAAACACGACAGUUUGAUCGGAGAUAGGGCGGCGUCCUGCAUGUUGCAGUGAAACAGUCACAUAUUAUUUACUGUAGUUCAACGCUCAGGAGUAGAUCUUAAUAUGAUUUUACCCUGCGUAGUUAUUUUUACAGUCACUGGAGUGCUGGCAGAACAGCAAUAUGAUGUACCAGCCAAGAAAGCUUUCUUCGACUUUCCAUUUGAGUAUUCUGGCUUGUCAACCAGUGAGGACAGGAGGCAUAUACCACUUCAGAAUUGGAAACAACACCAAAGAGAAGUUGAUAAUGAUAAACCAGCUUUUGGAAUGGAGGAAAUAGUGGCUAUAUCAAUGGGAGAAAAUGCACAGAAAACUGGCUUUGAACCCAAAGAAAGAUUUCGAAGGGCUCCUAAAACACCUGAAAUGCCAUCCUCUCCAGAAGGAAUGGCAAAACCACCGGAAGGAAUGCCAAAGCCGGAAGGAAUGCCGUCUUCUCCCGAUAGUAUGCCAAAACCACCGGAAGGAAUGUCGCCUCCUUCAGGUGAAAUGCCAAAACCACCGGAAGGAAUGUCAUCUCCACCAGAAGGAAUGCCUAAACAACCCGAAGGAAUGCCAAAACCACCGGAAGGAAUGCCGUCUCCACCAGAAGGGAUGUCAUCAGCUCCAGAAGGAAUGCCAAAACCUCCUGAAGGAAUGCCAUCACCUCCAGGCAUGGGUUGAUUACAAUGUAAUUUAAUUUAAUUCAGGUCAUACAAGAGUACAUUUUUAUUUAAAUAAAAAACUUAUAAUAGUGUUAACCAGUAAAACGUAACAUAUACAGAUGACUUUUCGUAUAAAUCUA